CAAAAAACCAACAACUCGCAAGGAAAAGAACAAGAAAAACAAUCAACAAUUCUAGAUAACGCCCACAUCCAUAACCCAUUUUCGCCCAUUCAGAAACCCCAAUAAUGUAUAACAACCAUAGAAAACACCCGUCCCCGCCCAAGAAAAUCGUGCCCACGGGCCUGCAGGUGGCACUUCUUUCAUCACGUGUCGUCAGCGACCUCAUCAAGCCCGGUGGAGGAGGUUCUAAUCCCAAUUUCCAGCAUCAAGAAAACGUCCAGUCAACCACACAGCCAUACCACACCCAAAUUCGAGUACCACCACACUCCUCUCCCCAUUCAAAUCCCAAAACUUCUCUCCACAUUCUUAAUCCUCAACUCAUGUUCGGCAAUACUCUCCCUCCUCACGACACCCAUCCUCGGCUGCGGGCGCUCCACCGUCGGGGUCCCAACCGCCGAACCCCUCCCAUCCAUGGAUUCCACCCUUCCCCUCAAAUUCUUAACCUCCCUCUUCAGCUCCUCAAUCUUCUCGCGGAACCGCUCCUUCUGCGCCUGCAUCCGGGCCUCUUGCGACUUGACGCCCGCCUUGAAUCCCUGAUCGUAGUCGGGGGUCGUCUUGGUGGGUGUUGGCUCGGUGGUUGCGCGAGCGGGGGGUGCCGUGGGGGCUUGGGAGGAUGCUGUGGUGGACAUGUUUGUAGUGGGUGAUUGAUUAACUUGUGAGUUUUGCAGUUGUGAUGGUGUAAGAUUUUUGAUUGGGUCAAUGAGGUGCUUUUUUGUAGAGGUUUGGGAUGGGAGGAACGAUUGUUACCUAUUUGUAUGCUCUGUACUCCAGACAAGGCGCGCGGGGUGGAUGGUCUUGGCUACUCGCGUGACCUCCCGUCACCUUCAUUUUUGUGAAUCAGGUGAUUGAUUGACCGAGCUGGCGCCUGAGCACAUCCUUGAAUUACUGCCAUGGAAAUGCUGGAGGGGAAAUUCUGACGUGAGGAAUAUUUCCAUUGUUUUAAGCCGCCAUUUAUCAAUUUGUUUACGUGAAUGUCAGCUGAGAUGUUGGGUGGCGAGGACCUUGGCAAUGUCACUUUUGGUAUAUGGGAGCAACCUUAACUUAUUUUCGUGAGUCUCAAAUCAUACUGUAAAUAGAACAGUUGCCCUCCAGAUGGAAGAAAUGCGGAUUUGGAAAAAAACCGUGAGAGUUUGGAAGCUUGUUUUCAUUUGAGCAUCUCCUACAGGAAUUCGGUUGUAAAUAACUCUCGCCUGUCUAGGUAGGUAUGAAACUCAUCUACUGACACAUGAAUAUCUACUUGUUUGAAUGACUUGAUCCCCCGCCCUGAAAAUCCUCGCUCUACUUUCAGGUACCGGAGUAAAGUUCUUGCGAUUGUUACACAAAUUUGGUUCUAGAAGUGCUCAGGUAUUACACAAUACAUCAUAGCUGUAUCCAUACGUCAUACUAAUUGACCCGCCAAGCUCUCAUAUAUGGAUGACUUGUUGAUUUCCACCACCAGCUCUCUUCAAACCAACCCAGUUGAAUACAACAACAUUUGAAUCAAGUAAGUCCUUACUUUAUACCCUGCAUCACGAACUGGAUUCACAACAAGCUAUUCAUCUAUCAUGCAAAAUAAACUUCGCUCGCCCUUCACUGCAACACUUCGUUGCACACGCACCCAGAUAUUCAGCCGUCCACUAACAACAAUACCACUUCUUAGAAUUUCAACCAGAAAUACCAAAUCAAAACCCAUCCAACUAAACCAAACAACCUCAUUGAAAAUGUCGUCCACCGCAGACAAUGGCAAACCCCUCGACCCCUACAAGUCCAAGAACCUCGACCAGGAGCCAGGUAUCAAGGAGAAGAUCGAAGAUCUUUGCACCUUCAUCGAGAAAUCCAAAUUCGGAAUGAUGACGACGCGAGAUGCAGAGUCAGGAAAGUUGGUUUCUAGAUGCAUGGCAUUGGCCGAGACGGUACAUUUCUUCUCCCUUCCCCUUCUCCCAUUCCCGACAUUCUCAUACAUUUCAAAAUAACAACCAGCUAAACCAACCCAGGACCGCGAAUCCCUCAAACUCCUCUUCCACACCAACGCCGAAUCUCACAAAGCCGCCGAAAUCGAGACCAACCCCCAGAUCAACAUCUCCUUCCUCAAUUCCUCGGGAGAAUGGGCAUCUCUCUCUGGUGUCUCCAAGGUCAUCACCGAUACGGAGUUCGUCAAGAAGCACUACUCCUCCGCGCUGAAAGCAUGGGUUGGCGAUCUUGGUGAUGGCGUGCACACCGGCGGACCUGAAGACCCACGAAUUGGCAUCAUUGAGGUGACGGUUCGGAGCAUUACCUAUGCGUUGGCGAAGGGAACGGCGGUCUCGAGGAUGGUGGAGGUUGGUAAGGGAAUGGUUACGGGGAAUGUGGCGGAUGUUAAUAAGUUGAGGGAGAUUGGGGAGGGGGAGAUUGAGACGUGGAGGAGUUCUCAUAAGAUGGUUGCGUAG